AUGCAAUCACUGCAGAACAUUAUCAAACUGCUGGAUCUCACCGAGAUAGAGCAGAACCACUACCUCGCAACCAGCCCCAAUGAGGGCUGGCAGCGGGUCUAUGGUGGCCAGGUGAUUGGUCAGGCAAUGGUGGCCGCUUCGAGGACCGUUGAAGAAAGCCGCCAUGCACACUCGCUGCAUGGUUACUUUCUGCGCGCAGGUGAUACCCGUAUUCCUAUCCUUUAUAAAGUGGAUCGCAUUCGUGACGGCCGCAGUUUUACCACCAGGAGGGUGGUGGCGAUCCAGCGAGGUGAAGCGAUCUUCACUUUAUCCAUCUCCUUUCAGGUGGAGGAAGAAGGACUCUCACAUCAGUUUCCCAUGCCAAAAACCGCAUCACCGGACGCACUGGUGGACGAAAGCGAAUUACGCGCUGAACAGGCCAAAGACUGGCCAGAGGAGUUUCAGGACUCUUUCAGCAGUACGUCACCGAUACAGAUGCGCCCGGUAGACCCUCAGGAUCUGAUGAAUCCGGCUCCCGCACCACCCUCACAGAUGUGCUGGAUGCGCACCCGGGAAGCAUUGCCUGAUGAUCAACGACUACAUCAGUGUGUGUUGGCUUAUCUGUCAGACUGGUCGCUGCUGGAUACUGCAACGCGGCCGCAUGCCAUCAGUUUUAUGCAGGACAAUGUGCAGAUGGCCAGUCUUGACCACGCCAUGUGGUUCCACCGACCGUUUCGCGCGGAUGAAUGGCUGCUCUACGCCCAGGACAGCCCUGCUGCCAGCGGCGCCAGAGGCUUUAACCGCGGCCUGAUCUAUAACCAGGCCGGUGAUCUGGUGGCCUCUACCACCCAGGAGGGCUUAAUGCGCAUGCACAGCGCACCUCGCCAGCCGGUAGAACAGCCUUAA